UCUGCGAUGCGAUACUGUCACCCUUCGUGUACUGUGUAGUCAGCAGCAACCUCAUGGUGUUGUGAAAAUUUGUGUGUGACAUUCUCCAGGUUAUGUUCGUAACAACUAAAUACCUGAGUUGUUAGUGCUUGUUUUUGGCCUGACCGUUAAAAUCGCUACGUGUAUCUUCGUAAAAGAAACGGCUGAGUGUGUGACGUGCUGUCAGGAGCAGUUUGUCUACGAAGUAAUCUCCUCAUAUACUUCGUGGCUAACGAGAAAAGGCGGACAGUGAAAUUCAAAGGUUGUCCAUACUGUAGAACUGAAGCGAUGGACCAGGAGCCAACUAAGUGGAUAAAAAAAGAGGAAACUGAAGAAGUACAAACCGAGUUACACUUCAUAGCGCAAGAUUAUCCAUGCAGCAUGAAUGUAAAAGAAGAGUUGGAGGAGGGUGUGAAUAAAGAGUUUCUUGAAGACCCAUUAAAGGCUGGCGACCCUAGUUUUUGCGUAAAGCAAGAUCCCGAACUGAAACACCGUGCUGCUGGAUCUGAGCAUAAUUCUGUUGAAGAUCCAUUGGGAAUAUCUUUGUCCACUGAUUUUAUCAAGGAGGAUCCUGAAUUAAAUAUAACUGAGAAUACUGUGGAAACCUCAAUAAGAUGUGCAUCUGAUAGUGCAAGAUUUACUCAGACUACUGGUGGGAGUUGCAGCAUAUCAUGUGAAGAAACUUGUCACCAUAGACUGGUCCAGGAUGAAUUGGUGAUUGACAUGGAGAAGUCAACACAUGGGUUCAGUACCAAUACAGAAGAUGUGGCUAUUGAUAAGGAAUGCUCAGUUGCCACCCAAUUUGACUGUAGUACGAGGGAAAAGGAAUUACAUGUAUAUAGCUGUAAUUUCUGCCAACAGAGCUUCUCUUCAAAAUACAGACUGAUAAUGCAUGUGUUUAUGCACAUUCAUGGAACGCAACCACCUUCGUAUGUUUGUAAGUGGUGUGGUGAGGUAUUUCACAGUAAUGUUGGCUUGAAAAAGCAUAUGAGAAUGAGUGAGAAUCGUCAAGUUUUAACUGCUGACAGUCACGAAAAAUAUGGACAUAGUGAAGAGCAUCAAACCACUACCUCGUUGGAUAGCGAGCCAGAAGUUUCUGUCACAGAACACAAUGAGCAGUCUUCAUGUAAGGAAACUUGGAAAGAUUCAAAGAAGCCCUCUAAUGACAUAUGUAACACACAUAUGACAAAUGAUAGAGAGAAAACAAGUAAUUAUGGAACUUUGUCUAUAGCUGUUAAUGUCAGUGCCCAGGCUGUUCUACUUACUGCAAACAGAACCGACAGAUGUGGUAUUUGUGGCAAAUUGUUUGCUAGGUCAGGUGAUCUCGAGAGACAUGUUUCCAUUCAUACUGGGAAAAGACUUCACAAAUGUGAUAUUUGUGAGAAAUGGUUUGCGCAGUCACGUUAUCUAAAUGAUCACACAUUAAUUCACACUGGAAAGAAACCUUACAUGUGCGAGAUUUGUGGGAAAUCUUUUACUAUGUCAAGCCAUCUCAAGAAACACGUAUUAAUUCACACUGGAAAGCAACCUCACAAAUGUGAGAUUUGUGGGAAAUCUUUUACUGUGUUAGGCGCUCUCAAGAAACAUCGAUUAAUUCACACUGGAAAGAAACCUCACAAAUGUGAGAUUUGUGGGAAAUCUUUUGCUAGGGCAGAUCAUUGCAAGACACACACAUUAUCUCACACUGGAAAUAAACCUCACAAAUGUGAGAUUUGUGGGAAAUCUUUUACUAUAUUAGGCAAUCUUAACACACACUUAUUAAUUCACACUGGAAAGAAACCUCACAAAUGUGAGAUUUGUGGGAAAUCCUUUACCAUAUUAGGCAAUCUUAACAAACAUUUAUUAAUUCACACUGGAAAGAAACCUCACAAAUGUGAGAUGUGUGGGAAAUCUUUUGCGUUGUCAUGCUAUCUGAAGGAACAUACAUUAAUUCACACUGGAAAUAAACCUCACAAAUGUGAGAUUUGUGGGAAAUCCUUUGCUAGGGCAGAUCAUCGCAAGAGACACUUAUUAUUUCACACUGGAAAGAAACCUCACAAAUGUGAGAUUUGUGGGAAAUCCUUUACCAUAUUAGGCAAACUUAACAAACAAUUAUUAAUUCACACUGGAAAGAAACCUCACAAAUGUGAGAUUUGUGGGAAAUCUUUUACUCUAUUAGGCAAUUUUAACAAACAUUUAUUAAUUCACACUGGAAAGAAACCUCACAAAUGUGAGAUCUGUGGGGAAUGUUUUGCUACAUCAGGUGAUUUCAAGAGACAUGCAUUUGAACACACUUGAAGUGGACCUCACAGAUGUGGUAUCUGUGACAAAAGUUUCACUUACUUGGAUACUCUCAAGACACAUGCAUUACUUCACAUCAGAAAGAAAAUGUAAGUAUGUGUUAGUUUACGCAAAUAGGUUUUCGUGGUUGGUGCCCUCAAGGCCUAUAAAAUAAUGUAUGUACCAGGGGACAAUAAAUUGUACUUUCGGUGAAAUAACUUUAAAAUCUGGUAGAAUUGUAAAAAAAUUUGUUAUGAUGUGUACUAUAGAGCACUAACAGAUAAUGUGACAAAAAGUUCAUAUCUGUAGCUCCAGAUGUCAAGAAAUGGUAUUACCAAAUACUCAAGAAACACGAAUCAAAUGUGUUUUUGCCAUUAGCACUGCUGCUUUUUCCUAUUGAUCUUGCGACAAGAAGAUUGUGAAUUGUGAUAAAUCCUUACAUUUGUCAGUAAUCAUAAGUAUCUUGCAAUAUUCAGUAUAAGGCCAAGGAAAUGUGAUGACUUGCUGCUUAAUAUUCCAAACAAAGUCAUCAUGUAGUACUUGUAACUCUGUAUUUGUAGAAACAGUGACAGUAAAAAUAUAUUCAUGGCACUUGCUUCAUUGAGGCUAGUAAACUCAAUACUGGAGAAACAUGAUUAUAACAAUUAUUUUACUCAGAUAUGUUUUUCAAGAGACUUGGUGUGUCAUUAAUAGUGUGUACAUUUAUGUUCUGUUGGUUCUAAUCCUGCGUUAGUAAACAUAACAACGAAUAUAAGAACCUGCUUAAUAGCAUGUUCGGCCACCUUUGGAAUACAGUACUUUGAUUAUUCUACAUGAUAUGGACUUGACACAUCAUUUACAUGUUUCUGGGUGUAUGUUGCACCAGUUGUAUUCCACACGUUCAGAUUAGCUAAAUGGUAUGGUUCAAGACAUCAGUGUUAGCUAUCAUGCUACUCAGACCAUGCACAUGUGACAUGGACAAUUAUCCCGCUGAAAGAUGCCUCCACUAUGGGAGAGCACACCAGGAAUGAAGGAAUCCAUGCAGUUGCAAUAAAUGUCACGUAGUCUGCAACUGUCAUGAUGCCUUCAGGAAUGAAGGAAUCCAUGCAGUUGCAAUAAAUGUCAUGUAGUCUGCAACUGUCAUGAUGCCUUCUGUUGCUAACAGGUGUCCCACAGGAGCCAAAGUGACUGCCCCCAUAGCAUAAUGGGCCCUCUAUUUGGUUCCAUUCAUUUAGAUGAUAGCAUAUCUGGAUGUGCAACUGACCUGGUGUAACAGGAAAUGUCACCCAUCCUGACAGUUAACAUUUGAAAUGACCUUCACUCCAGCGUCAAUGAUCCCUUGCCCACUGCAGUUGCAGGUGAACAUUUUGGUGGAUCGGUAUGGAAACAUACAGUGACCAUAUCUUCCAGAGCCACACAUUCAACAAUGUACAUUGAACUGUGGGUUUCAAAACGUGUAUGGCUGCCCCAGCGUUGUUUUCUGUCAUUAGAUAUGCCACAUAUUGCCACAUCUCCAGCUUUACAGAGCAGGCAAGCUUCUGACCUCCAUUCUUUGUGAAGAAGUAUUGAUGUAUUACAUCUUUUCAUAAUGUUAUGGACUUAUUACCUUUCAGCCACUUUCCUCAGAUGUUCACAACAGUAGCAUAGAUCCAUUGUACCAACUUCACCACUUUUGAGGUGCUAGUUCCCAACUGCAAUGCCACUUUAACUUGCCCUUUGCUAAAGUCACUUACAUCAUUAAAUUUACAUGUUCGAAGCUCAUCUUACUGAUAGAACAAAAUGUGUAAAUCUGUGGUCUGCUUAUAUACUUGUAAUCUGCUUACUGCAUCAUGUGCAUACAACGUGGCGUUCAUUCUCCUCAUGAACAGUGUUCAUCACAUUUUUGCCCAUCAGUGCAUCUUCAUGUAAAUGGGUCAGAUGCAGAAAUGUGUAAUCUAAGAAAUUCAUCAUGCUUGGUUGCCAUUUACACUAGUGCACAAUAGCUAUAUUUUUUGUGAAAUAUUUUUGUUUCACAAAGCUCUGUACAUAAUUCAGAGAUAAUAUAGGUGUUAUCCACCAAAGCUCUUAAUUACUCGUUCAGCAUCUAAUACUGUGUAAGUUCUACAAAAAAAAGAAAUAUGUAAAUAAACAUUAGGUGUUAUGAUUUGAUUCCAGUUAUUUGUAUACACAAGAACAACACUUGGGAGAGCUCAGAACGUGAGCAUUAAAUAUUUCGUGUGUUAUAUUCAAAGAUGUUUCCAUUGUGGGUAUUUUUCUUAAUUUGUGGUAAAUAUACAUGAGGUUUUUGGAAAAUUGUACUUAUGCUUGAGUUUCAAUUUCAGAACGAUUGUUUUUAAAUUUUGAUUUCCUACCUAUUUGUUAUUGUUGAAAGUGGUUUAGUAUGUUUCAUCAUAUGUGUAACAAUGGGAGAUAGUUAUAAUUAAGUGAUUGGCACUGUUCUGUGUUGCUACACUUCAGCUGUGACACUUUGUAGUGAUAUGAUUACAUUGUAUUUCAUCUUUUCCAUGAUAGUACAUCCACAACUGCUGUAUGGGUUAUUCAUAAUAGACAACAUUCACAUACAAUUGUAUUAAAUAUUAUUUUCCAUUAAAAGGAAAGAAAAACCGGGUUUCUGGACAAUAGCCUUAUAUUCCAAUGAAUUUGAAAAUGUACUACAAAGUGUGGCAACUAUACAUAAUAUAAAUCUCUAAGAAACAGUAAAAUUUGUAGUAACAUGUUAAAAAAGGGUACACAAUAUGGACUGAAUAUCUAUAGGCGUCAGCUAAGGAUGGGUCAUAUGGUGUUUCUCUGGUACACGAGAUGUAAGCAGAAAAUAAACAUAUUCAGUGGUUGUGUGGAAAACCAUCCAAAGAACUGAGUCUACAUAAACACUGUACAUACCCAUAAAUUAA